AUCUCCGGCCGGCCACCACUGACUGUGUCCCUCUCUCUUGUUGCUGCUGUCGUCUCUCAUGGAACAUGAGCCUCAGACACAGCCAGCUCACGUACGUCCCCCUGCCGUCGCUAGUCCUCGCACAACCAAGCCGCCAUGGAGGACCCUUUCAUCGUCACGACAGAUCUCGCAGGGAUCAAGCCCAAGGGCGACUCGCGGCGCCUCAUCCGCCGCCACGUCAUGAAGGGCAAGAACAAGCGGCCCAGAAAGGACUCUGGCCUGCAAGGCUCGACACGGUCUGCAGCGUGCCAGCAGCAAAACCAGAGCAAGUGGCUUGAGGCUCCUGGGCCAAAUUUGUACGCCCAUGUCACUACGAUGGACCUGGCCACCAUGGGCUUCCCCACAGACAUGGAGCCGUACAUGAUCAAGCUAAUCACACAAUUCUUCGUCGUCGUCGAGGAGACAGGCUCUCCCCUUGUCCGUUGCACGGAAAAAGGCACUCCAUACUCACCUUACGACCUCAUAUACAACGACCUAGCUCACCUUCACAUCACCCUGUUCAUGGCCCAAACAUACUUUGACAGAAAAGCCUUCCACCACAGCAUUGACGGCAAGCCGACGAACUUUCCUAGUGGCUGGCCCAAGCCCCAGGAGCCACAAAACUUGCCACCGCUCAGCGGCCGAGCCAUCCUCCAUAUGAACAAGGCCAUCGAGUAUCUCCAGCGCAAACUCGCCGUUCCGGACUUGGCGACGUCGUUGUCGGCAAUUUUCGUCGUUCUAUGCUUAGGGACGUGUGCCGAGGGACUGGGGGACUACGCGUGCGCCGAGAAACACCGGCAAGGCAUGCAUCAUUUGAUCGAGGCAAGGGGCGGGAUCGAGUCUUUGGCAUCGUACCCUCUCGUGCAGUUGAAGUGUUGCAGGUUCGACAUCAGUCUAUCUCUCAAGACCGGCCACAGGCCGACACUUUUGCAUCAAGUGUCCUGGAAAGCCCAUAUUCAGAACCUGAACGGCACCUUGUUCAAGGACCAUCAACCACACGACAAUUUUUUAUCAGCGACGCCGACCUCACCGCGGACAUGUUUGCACCGACUCUGCCGGACGCCUGACGCCCGGCUGGUAAACAUCUGGACUGACCUCUCGGGAGUGUGCAAGUCGUUCAACCUCGCGCUGCAGAUGGGGCGGAAAGUGAAAAUGGUCCUGAGCAGUGACAUUCUGGUAGCCGUCAUGUACCGGCUGCUGUAUCUCGACGGUGUAUACUGCCCUAGAAAUCUGUGCUCCGACAGCCUCGAGACGGACGGCAAUCUGUUCAAGGCCUCGCCGCCACCGCCGUUGUCGACAUCGUCGCCAUCAACAACGUCGUCGUCAUCACCUGGAUCAUGGUCCUUGUCCACGACACAAUCAUCGCUGUGGUCGACUCCCGCCAGUGCAAAUGUCCUGCACACUGGCAGCGGGCAUGGUAUCGAGUACAGUCCAAGCUCUCGAGACCAUGGCGUUGGUGGCCUUCAAAGAGGAGGUGGUGGAGGAGGGUUAGUGACCCACCCCGAAGACCACGAGUUGCUUCGCUUGGCCAUGCUUGCCUUGACCUCGACGAUAUUCUUCGAUACAUACGGCCUGGAGCCCGCAUACCCGAGUUUGGCGGGACAGAUGUCCCGUGCGCUGCUCAGCGCGCUGCAGGACGAAAAGGGUCUGGCCGCCCAGCCGACAGAGACACGGCAGGUGCAUCUGUGGGUGGUCUAUGUAGCGUAUACUGCCCUCUUCUCCGGCAACGCCGGCUACAACUCGAUGGUGGGCAGCAACAGCAGCAGCAGCAGUGAUCUAGGCAUGAGCUUUGCCGCGUGGCUGCACGAGAAGCAGUGUGCUCUGCGAGCAUCGCUAGGCUUGAACACCUGGGCCAAGACGAGGGCGGUGCUCAAGUCGUUCCUGUGGGUCGACGUGGUAAAUGACUGCCCGGGGAAGCUGUUUUACGACACCAAGAGCUCUGCCAUUGUCGGUGAUCAGGGCAUGAUCGGAGGUGAGGGUAGAAGGGGGGUUAGCGAGCUUUUUGAUGUUGAACGGCUUUGGGAGUGAGCGGUAAGGCUGUAUACUGCGACAAAGAACCUGGCGGCACUACCCUUUUUCUCUUUUUCUCCUUUUUUUUCUUCUUGAGGGAGAGAGAGAGAGAGAGAGACGGCAAAUGCAAGACAGAAAACUGCUUAGCCAUUGCUUUGACCGCGUCUAACUGGGUACUUGGCCUGUGCUAUUCCAGGCAACGCUG